UGACAUAUCCACUAUAGGAGUGCUCCUGGGAGCCCCUCUCUCACCUCAGAAAAGUGACCUUGUGAGUUAGGACUUUUCAUCAGGCACUCCCAAGGAAAGCCCAGCUAACUGCAGCUGGUGACUUGCGGAGUUUGGAAUUCUUGGUCUGCCACCUCUUUGCACUCUUCCUUCUGGAACUACCUUGAUUUGUCAGCUUAUUACCUGUUUGGAGUUGGCUUGUCUCUGGAGUCUUUCUUCUACUUAGUGAGUGCUGAAGCAGAGAUGACACUGUUGGGGUGGAAAGCUGACAGGGGAAGAUGGAUGAGCCACAGCGUCCACUUAGAAUCUAGCGCCAACUCUUGGCAGCUUAUCCGUGCAUUGCAGUGUCGGGAUGGCUAUGAGCCCUGUGUAAAUGAGGGAGUGUGUGUUACCUACCACAAUGGCACAGGAUAUUGCAAAUGUCCGGAGGGUUUCUUGGGAGAAUAUUGUCAACAUCGAGACCCCUGUGAGAAGAACCGCUGCCAGAAUGGUGGGACAUGUGUGGCCCAGGCCAUGUUGGGGAAAGCCACGUGCCGAUGUGCCUUGGGGUUCACAGGCGAUGAUUGCCAGUACUCGACCACACACCCCUGCUUCGUUUCUCACCCUUGUCUGAAUGGAGGCACCUGCCACGUGCGUAGCCGGGAUGACUAUGAGUGCACCUGCCAAGUUGGUUUUACAGGUAAGCUGUGCCAGUGGACUGAUGCCUGCCUAUCUCAUCCCUGUGCAAAUGGAAGUACCUGUACCACUGUGGCCAACCAGUUCUCCUGCAAAUGCCUCACAGGCUUCACAGGACACAAGUGUGAGACUGAUGUCAAUGAGUGUGACGUUCCAGGACAGUGCCAGCAUGGCGGCACCUGCCUCAACCUACCGGGUUCCUAUCAGUGCCAAUGCCCUCAGGGCUUCACAGGCCAGCACUGUGACAGCCCAUACGUGCCCUGUGCACCCUCCCCCUGUGUCAAUGGUGGCACCUGCCGGCAGACAGGUGACUUCACGUUUGAGUGCAACUGCCUUCCAGGUUUCGAAGGGAUCACCUGUGAGCGGAAUAUUGACGACUGCCCUAAUCACAAGUGUCAGAAUGGAGGGGUUUGUGUGGAUGGGGUUAAUACUUACAACUGCCGCUGCCCCCCUCAGUGGACAGGACAGUUCUGCACAGAGGAUGUGGAUGAGUGUCUGCUGCAACCUAAUGCUUGUCAGAAUGGGGGCACCUGUACCAACCGCAAUGGGGGCUAUGGCUGUGUAUGUGUUAAUGGCUGGAGUGGAGAUGACUGCAGUGAGAACAUUGAUGACUGUGCCUUCGCCUCCUGCACUCCAGGCUCCACCUGCAUUGACCGUGUGGCCUCCUUCUCUUGCAUGUGCCCAGAAGGAAAGGCAGGUCUCUUAUGUCAUCUGGAUGAUGCAUGCAUCAGCAAUCCUUGCCACAAGGGGGCACUGUGUGAUACCAACCCCCUAAAUGGGCAGUAUAUUUGCACCUGCCCCCAAGGCUACAAAGGGGCUGACUGUACAGAAGAUGUGGAUGAGUGUGCCAUGGCCAAUAGCAAUCCUUGUGAGCAUGCAGGAAAAUGUGUGAACACGGAUGGUGCCUUCCACUGUGAAUGUCUGAAGGGUUAUGCAGGGCCUCGUUGCGAGAUGGACAUCAAUGAGUGCCAUUCCGACCCCUGCCAGAACGAUGCAACCUGUUUGGAUAAGAUUGGAGGCUUCACAUGUUUGUGCAUGCCAGGUUUCAAAGGUGUGCAUUGUGAAUUGGAGAUAAACGAAUGUCAGAGCAACCCUUGUGUGAACAAUGGUCAGUGUGUGGAUAAAGUCAAUCGCUUCCAGUGUCUGUGUCCGCCUGGUUUCACUGGGCCAGUUUGCCAGAUUGAUAUUGAUGACUGUUCCAGUACUCCAUGUCUGAAUGGAGCAAAAUGUAUUGAUCACCCGAACGGCUAUGAAUGCCAGUGUGCCACAGGAUUCACUGGUGUGUUGUGUGAGGAGAACAUCGACAACUGUGACCCUGAUCCUUGCCACCAUGGCCAGUGUCAGGAUGGGAUUGAUUCCUACACCUGCAUCUGCAACCCGGGGUACAUGGGUGCCAUCUGCAGUGACCAGAUAGAUGAGUGUUACAGCAGCCCCUGCCUGAAUGACGGUCGCUGCAUCGACCUGGUGAACGGCUACCAGUGCAAUUGCCAGCCCGGCACAUCAGGUGUUAAUUGUGAAAUCAAUUUUGAUGACUGUGCAAGUAACCCUUGUGUCCACGGAGUCUGUAUGGAUGGCAUUAAUCGUUACAGUUGUGUCUGCUCACCAGGUUUCACAGGGCAGAGAUGCAACAUUGACAUUGAUGAGUGUGCCUCCAAUCCCUGUCGCAAGGGUGCGACGUGCAUCAAUGAUGUGAAUGGUUUCCGCUGUCUGUGCCCUGAGGGUCCACAUCACCCCAGCUGCUACUCACAGGUGAACGAGUGCCUGAGCAGUCCCUGCAUCCACGGAAACUGUACCGGGGGCCUCAGCGGGUACAAGUGCCUCUGUGAUGCAGGCUGGGUUGGCAUCAACUGUGAAGUGGACAAAAAUGAAUGUCUUUCUAACCCAUGUCAGAAUGGAGGAACUUGUGACAAUCUGGUGAAUGGAUACAGGUGUACUUGCAAGAAGGGCUUUAAAGGCUAUAACUGUCAAGUGAAUAUUGAUGAAUGUGCUUCAAAUCCCUGUCUGAACCAAGGAACCUGCUUUGAUGACAUAAGUGGCUAUACUUGCCACUGUGUGCUGCCAUACACAGGCAAGAAUUGUCAGACGGUGUUGGCUCCCUGUUCCCCAAACCCAUGUGAAAAUGCUGCUGUUUGCAAAGAGGCACCAAAUUUUGAAAGUUACACCUGCCUGUGUGCCCCUGGCUGGCAAGGUCAGCGGUGUACAAUUGACAUUGAUGAGUGUGUCUCCAAGCCCUGCAUGAACCACGGUCUCUGCCAUAACACCCAGGGCAGCUACAUGUGUGAGUGUCCUCCAGGCUUCAGUGGUAUGGACUGUGAGGAGGACAUCGAUGACUGUCUUGCCAAUCCUUGCCAGAAUGGAGGUUCCUGUGUAGAUGGAAUGAAUACUUUCUCCUGCCUGUGCAAUCCUGGCUUUAUUGGGGAUAAGUGUCAAACAGACAUGAAUGAGUGUCUGAGUGAACCCUGUAAGAAUGGAGGGACCUGUUCUGACUAUGUCAACAGUUACACUUGCAAGUGCCAGUUGGGAUUUGAUGGAGUCCAUUGUGAGAACAACAUCGAUGAGUGCACUGAGAGCUCCUGUUUCAAUGGUGGCACCUGUGUCGACGGGAUUAACUCCUUCACUUGCUUGUGCCCUGUGGGCUUCACUGGCCCCUUCUGCCUCCAUGAGAUCAAUGAAUGCAGCUCUCAUCCCUGCCUAAAUGAAGGAAUAUGUGUUGAUGGCCUGGGUACCUACCGCUGCACCUGCCCCUUGGGCUACACGGGGAAAAACUGUCAGACCCUGGUGAACCUCUGUAGUCGAUCUCCAUGUAAAAACAAAGGUACUUGCAUUCAGGAAAAAGCAGAGUCUCGGUGCCUGUGUCCAUCUGGAUGGGCUGGUGCUUACUGUGAUGUGCCUAAUGUGUCCUGUGAAGUGGCAGCUUUCCACAGAGGGGUGUCCACUGACCACCUGUGCCAGCACUCUGGUGUCUGCAUCAAUGCUGGCAACUCGCAUCACUGCCAGUGCCCCCUGGGCUACACUGGGAGCUACUGUGAGGAGCAGCUCGAUGAGUGCUCGUCCAACCCUUGCCAGCACGGAGCCACCUGCAGGGACUUCAUUGGCGGGUACAGAUGUGAGUGUGUCCCAGGGUAUCAGGGUGUCAAUUGUGAGUAUGAAGUAGAUGAGUGCCAGAAUCAGCCGUGCCAGAACGGAGGCACCUGUGUCGACCUUGUGAACCACUUCAAGUGUUCCUGUCCACCAGGCACUCGAGGCUUGCUUUGUGAAGAGAACAUUGAUGACUGUGCUGGGGGUCCCCACUGCCUUAAUGGUGGUCAGUGUGUGGACAGGAUUGGGGGCUACAGUUGUCGCUGCCUGCCUGGCUUUGCCGGAGAGCGGUGUGAGGGGGACAUCAACGAGUGCCUCUCAAACCCCUGCAGCUCUGAGGGCAGCCUGGACUGCGUCCAGCUAACCAAUGACUACCUGUGUGUCUGCCGCAACGCCUUCACUGGUCGUCACUGUGAAACUUUCAUUGAUGUAUGUCCCCAGAUGCCUUGCCUGAAUGGGGGGACUUGUGCUGUGGCCAGCAACAUGCCUGAUGGUUUCAUUUGUCGUUGUCCCCCGGGAUUCUCCGGGGCAAGAUGCCAGAGCAGCUGCGGACAAGUGAAGUGCAGGAGAGGAGAGCAGUGUGUGCACACGGCCUCAGGACCCCGCUGCUUCUGCCCCAACCCCCAGGACUGCGAAUCAGGCUGUGCCAGUAGUCCCUGCCAACAUGGGGGUAGCUGCUAUCCUCAGCGCCAGCCUCCUUACUACUCUUGCCAGUGUUCUCCACCAUUCUGGGGCAGCCACUGUGAACUUUACAUGGCCCCCACCAGCACCCCUCCUGCCACCUGCCUGAGCCAGUACUGUGCCGACAAAGCUCGGGACGGCGUCUGCGAUGAAGCCUGCAACAGCCAUGCCUGCCAGUGGGAUGGGGGUGACUGUUCCCUGACCAUGGAGAACCCCUGGGCCAACUGUUCUUCCCCACUUCCCUGCUGGGAUUACAUCAACAACCAGUGUGAUGAGCUGUGUAACACAGCCGAGUGCCUUUUUGACAAUUUUGAAUGCCAGGGGAGCAGCAAGACAUGCAAGUAUGACAAAUACUGUGCAGACCACUUCAAAGACAACCACUGUGACCAGGGAUGCAACAGUGAGGAGUGUGGCUGGGACGGGCUGGACUGUGCUGCUGACCGGCCAGAGAACCUGGCAGAGGGGACCCUGGUUAUAGUGGUGCUCAUGCCCCCAGAGCAGCUGCUCCAGGAUGCCCGCAGCUUCUUGCGGGCACUGGGUACCCUGCUCCAUACCAACCUGCACAUUAAACGGGACUCGCAGGGGGCACUCAUGGUCUACCCCUACUAUGGUGAGAAGUCGGCUGCCAUGAAGAAGCAGAGGAUGACUCGAAGGUCCCUUCCUGAUGAUCAAGAACAGGAGGUGGCUGGCUCUAAGGUAUUUCUGGAAAUUGACAACCGCCAGUGUGUUCAAGAUUCAGACCAGUGUUUCAAGAACACAGAUGCAGCAGCAGCUCUUCUGGCUUCUCAUGCCAUCCAGGGGACCCUGUCCUACCCUCUUGUGUCUGUCUUCAGUGAAUCUCUGAAUCCAAAACCCCCUCAGCUUCUAUAUCUGCUUGCUGUGGCUGUUGUCAUUAUCCUGUUUAUUAUCCUGCUGGGAGUAAUCAUGGCGAAACGAAAGCGUAAGCAUGGCUCCCUCUGGCUGCCUGAAGGUUUUACCCUUCGUCGAGACUCCAGCAAUCACAAGCGUCGUGAGCCAGUGGGACAGGAUGCUGUGGGACUGAAAAAUCUCUCUGUGCAAGUCUCAGAGGCUAACCUUAUUGGUUCUGGAACAAGUGAACAUUGGGUUGAUGAUGAAGGGCCCCAGCCAAAGAAAGCCAAGGCUGAAGAUGAGGCUUUGCUCUCAGAGGAAGAUGAUGCCAUCGAUCGACGUCCAUGGACACAGCAGCACCUUGAGGCUGCAGAUAUCCGCAGGACACCAUCGCUGGCGCUCACUCCUCCACAGGCAGAGCAGGAGGUGGACGUGCUAGACGUGAAUGUCCGUGGCCCAGAUGGGUGCACCCCACUGAUGCUGGCUUCUCUCCGAGGAGGCAGCUCAGAUAUGAGCGAUGAAGAUGAAGAUGGAGAGGACUCUUCUGCCAACAUCAUCACAGACUUGGUCUACCAAGGUGCCAGCCUGCAGGCCCAGACAGACCGGACCGGUGAGAUGGCGCUGCACCUUGCAGCCCGCUACUCAAGGGCUGAUGCUGCCAAGCGUCUCCUGGAUGCAGGUGCAGACGCCAAUGCGCAGGACAACAUGGGCCGCUGCCCUCUCCAUGCUGCAGUGGCAGCUGAUGCCCAGGGGGUCUUCCAGAUUCUGAUCCGCAACCGAGUAACUGAUCUGGAUGCCAGGAUGAAUGAUGGCACUACACCACUGAUCCUGGCUGCCCGCCUAGCUGUGGAGGGAAUGGUGGCAGAACUGAUCAACUGUCAAGCAGAUGUGAAUGCAGUGGAUGACCAUGGAAAAUCCGCUCUUCACUGGGCAGCUGCUGUCAAUAACGUGGAGGCAACCCUUUUGCUGUUGAAAAACGGGGCCAACCGAGACAUGCAAGACAACAAGGAAGAGACACCUCUGUUUCUUGCUGCCCGGGAGGGAAGUUACGAAGCAGCCAAGAUCCUGUUAGACCAUUUUGCCAAUCGGGACAUCACAGAUCACAUGGAUCGUCUUCCUCGGGACGUGGCUCGGGACCGCAUGCACCAUGACAUUGUGCGCCUCCUGGACGAGUACAAUGUGACACCAAGCCCUCCAGGCACUGUGCUGACUUCUGCCCUCUCACCUGUGAUCUGUGGGCCCAACAGAUCUUUCCUCAGCCUAAAGCAUACGCCAAUGGGCAAGAAGCCUAGACGACCCAAUACCAAGAGUACCAUGCCCACUAGCCUCCCUAAUCUUGCCAAGGAGGCCAAGGAUGCCAAGGGUAGUAGGAGGAAGAAGUCUCUGAGUGACAAAGGUCAGCUGUCUGAGAGCUCAGUGACUUUAUCCCCCGUUGAUUCCUUAGAGUCUCCUCACACAUACGUUUCUGACACCACAUCCUCUCCAAUGAUUACAUCCCCUGGAAUCUUACAGGCCUCGCCCAACCCCAUGCUGGCCACUGCAGCACCCCCUGCUCCAGUCCAUGCACAGCAUGCACUGUCUUUUUCUAACCUGCAUGAAAUGCAGCCUUUGGCUCAUGGGGCCAGCACUGUGCUUCCCUCAGUGAGCCAGCUGCUGUCCCAUCACCACAUUGUUCCCCCAGGCAGUGGCAGUGCGGGGAGCUUGAGUAGGCUCCAUCCUGUCACUGUUCCGGCAGAUUGGAUGAGCCGCAUGGAGGUGAAUGAGACCCAGUACAAUGAGAUGUUUGGGAUGGUUCUGGCUCCAGCUGAGGGCACGCACCCCAGCAUAGCUCCCCAGAGCAGGCCGCCUGAAGGGAAGCACAUAACUACCCCUCGGGAGCCUUUGCCCCCCAUUGUGACUUUCCAGCUAAUCCCCAAAGGCAGUAUUGCCCAACCGGCAGGGACUCCCCAGACUCAGUCCAACUGCCCUCCUCCUGUUGCAGGCCCCGUGCCCACCAUGUACCAGAUUCCAGAAAUGGCUCGUUUGCCCAAUAUGGCUUUUCCCACUGCCAUGAUGCCCCAGCAGGAUGGGCAGGUUGCUCAGACCAUUCUCCCAGCCUAUCAUCCUUUUCCAGCCUCUGUGGGCAAGUACCCCACACCACCUUCACAGCAUAGCUAUGCUUCCUCAAAUGCUGCUGAGCGAACACCCAGUCACAGCGGUCACCUGCAGGGUGAGCAUCCCUACCUGACACCGUCCCCAGAGUCUCCUGACCAGUGGUCAAGUUCAUCACCACACUCUGCUUCUGACUGGUCAGAUGUGACCACCAGCCCUACCCCUGGGGGUGCUGGAGGAGGUCAGCGGGGACCUGGAACACACAUGUCUGAGCCACCACGCAGCAAUAUGCAGGUGUAUGCAUGAAAGAAUCUGCCUCCAGUGUAGGGACAGAGCUGCCUAUUAUAAAUGCUGCUGAGGAACAAAUGAAGGUCAUCCGGGAGAGACAUGAAGAAAUCUCUGGAACCAGCUUCUGGAGGCAGGAGAAAGAAGAUGCUUUUAUCUUUUAGAUAAUGCAAGGGAAGCAGUUUUGUCAGCUUCACUGGGUAUCUGCAGGAUUUGGGUUCAGGGGAACAUGGCUCCUUUUAAUUUCUUACCUAUCAAGCCAAGUUUGUGGAAGUGCAAAGCUAAUAUAAGACUUGGGACCAUGUUCACUCUUUUCUAUUUGGAGGAAAGAAUGGAUGCCUGUCAUAGCCCAGACAUUCUUGCAGUUUGGACUGCAUUUUAAGCCCUGGGGGCUUCUGCGAUAUCCAUGAGAAAAUUCUACAGAACAGUCCUCUUCGAAAUUGUACCCUGGAAUUCUGCUUACGUUGACCUGUCUCAUCUUACCUUCCUUUGGAAAUUCUCUUGACUUCAUUUGGUGCUUUAAUUUUUGCACCUCUCUGUGGUUGUGCACCCCUGCCCCUAGCAUGUUUGAGGGCAAGACCCUUGUGCUUUUAAUCAUUCUUGCUCUGGAAAGCAACUUCAGCCUCCUUUCUCCUCUUUUCCCAGUGUCUCCAGGAAUAUCACAGGGUUUGUUCUGGUUAUGGUUCUCAGCAUUCACCUUUCAAGUAUGUUUCUUUAGAAAACAGAUCUCUUGCAGUCUCCUACCUAAUAUCAUUCCUACAAGAGGAAGAGGGGCAAGUUAGUUUUCUUUGAACCCAUUCUGGGGACAGAAGACCCUUUGAAGAGACUGCACCUUAAUUCUCUUGCCUGCAUGCAGGGUUUUACAUAGACCUUACCAGGAAGAAGGAUGAGAAUUGGCUGUUUUUCCAUUUGUGGGCCUAGUCAGUGUGAACUUUUAUCCUUGGCAGUGCAGGUACUAUGACACCCUUAAAAAAAGAAAAAAAUUGGAAUGUUGGAAUGACCAAGAGAUAAGUUAACUCAUGGGAGAAGUGGUUACCCACUAUCAAGUUCCUCUCGUUCCUGCCCAGCAUUCCACUGAUGGCCCAUGUGAAACACAUUUAUUCCCAGAUCUCGGAACUCCCAGCCCACUUCACUCACUCAUCCAGCAGGGGAAGCUAGCCUUAGCUGUUGAGCCUUUCUUUCCAGAUAUCUCCAUAGAAGAAGA